GAGUCCAACAUUUAUAACGCUUAAAUUAUGUCAAUAAUUGUGACUCUAGAACAUUCAUGACUUAUAUCCCAUCAAGAAGGCAUCCAAGAUUCAUUCAACCAGCAAGGGAAGCAAAGCCACAGUGACAAAUUAAGCACCAUCAAUGGCAUCAUCGGAGUCGAGCAGUACUCACUUAGUAGGAGAUAAUGUGUUCGAUCUGUCGCUAGAUAUGGAGAUUAGUGCGGGGGAGACCUCGCAUGGUGUUGAGUAUUUUCCGUGGGAAGACGGAGACCUCGAGGAAUCCAUUUCUGUCACUGCACAGAAACCAGAAGCUUACACUCCUCAAUCUUACUCUAUCAAUGGAGCGAAACCAGAAGCUCAGACUCCUCAGUUGCCGGGGCAAUCGAAUCCUUAUCAUGUGAAGGUGUCAAAUAUGCAGAAUGGAAAGGCUGAGAGUGACUCUAUGGCGGAUACCCAGAAGAAAUCGUCGGCUUCGAGCAGCACCCACGUUGAGAUUGAUCAUGUUGUGGUGCGUAUGCGAGAAAUUGUGGAGCAAGAGCUCAAUAGUCAAAUGGAUCAUAUUCCAGCAACGAUAUUCCAGGUGCCCAAUUCAGUCACUGCAGUGAAGCCAGAAUCAUACGCUCCUCAAAUGAUAGGCUUGGGUCCUCUCCAUCAUUUCCGUCCUGAGGUCUCAUAUAUGCUCAAGGGAAAAGUUGCUGCCGUCAAGAGGUUUCUUUGCCGACACCCCAACUUCAAUAUUGACGAUGUGGGCAAGGAAGACGAGCCACGUAUCCGUGCUUGUUACGACAAAUUGUUAGAUUUCAAAGGAGAUUCCUUGGUAUGGAUGACUGUAAUUGAUGCUUUGUUCCUGUCUGAAUUGCUUUCGACCCAUUUCAAAAUCAAUCAAGAACAAGAAAGAGGAUAUGAAUAUUCAGUUGCAGGGAAGGAAUUGGUUCAGAAUGCCAUACUCAGAGAUGUCAUGAUGCUUGAGAAUCAGAUUCCUCUGUUUCUAUUACAACAGAUAGCGUUGAAGGUGGGUACUUCGUCUUCCCUUCCUCAGAUAUUGUUAGCUUUCUGCAAGGCAAUGUCUCCAUUCAACAACGUGAAGGAGGAGGAGAAAUAUGUUGAAUUAGUACAGGAGACUUGUCCUCAUUUGUUGUGUCUUCUAUACAUUCUAGUUGUCCCCAUUGAGACACCACCCAAGAUGGAAUUGAGGAUCUUCGUAGACAAGACUGAAGAGGCGUAUAGUGGUGUUGUUCAAAUUUUAGAGACGGCAGCAAAUGUAAACGCACCCUUUUUCGAUAGCAUAAAGAAACCAACUACAGUGCUUCUGGGUUUGCUUAAACUUCCAUUUUCCAAGCUUAAAACGCCAUUUGCAUCAAGAGAUAUUUCAGGAGGAAAAAACCCCCUGCUUGUCAAGGACGCAGUGAUUCCUCCGGCCUCCAGCCUUACCAAAGCUGGUGUGAUAUUCAAGCCCAACACUAAAGACAUCCGAGACUUCGAUUUCAUGGAGGAGGAAGCAGUGCUGUACCUACCCGUCAUCAAAUUGGGCGUGAACUCGGAAGUUAUUUUGAGAAACUUGGUAGCUUUUGAAGCACUUUUGGGGUCAAGCUCAAGAUCCCAACCAGAGCUGAACCCUUUUUUAAAUCACUCAGCAUGUAAAGCAAUGGAGGCCGCAACAACACAUGUACUUGCCCGGUACACAAAGUUAAUGGAUGGUAUUCUUGAAAAUGCUAAUGAUGUCAAGAUUCUGAGAGAUGCAGGUAUCAUCAAGGGACACUUGGAAAGCGACGAAGAUGUUGCCAAACUAUUCAGCGGGAUGAGCGUAUCGAGUGGAUUAGCAGCUGAAGAUGAAACCAUUAAAAAGCUCAACAACUUCUAUAACAAUUCACAGAGAAUCAAAAUGCACAAGUUCAUGAGAAAGUGCGGGUCCAUUCUCUACGGUAGUCUCCAGUUUAUUGUGGUUGUGUUGCUCCUGGCGCUGAUGGCUGUGCAGACAUUUUGCUCCGUCUACAGCUGUUCCCACGUAUUCAAGUAUGCUCUCUGAGGAAUUUCGUCGAACAGGGGGGCAUGCACGAAUAGCGGAAGAAUGUUAUCUCAAUGGGUGGUUCAGACUCUACGCGUGGUUUCCGGGUCUCUGGUCGACUUUCGACUCUACGGGCUCUAUGAAAAGCCCACAUAUUGAGUGGGCUGUAAAACUCAAUCAUUGACCAAAUAUUGGGUUUCUAAUUAGAAACAGACCAGAAUUGGGCUGGAUCGGUUAUUGGGCUUUGCUUUAAUCCUUGUGCUUGGAAUUCUCCUUUGUAAAUCUUCGUAGUCCAUUAAAGUUGGCAUAAUAGACUUUUAUUUUUAUGUUUUAUAAACCUUUUUUAACUGGC